AUGAACAUUAUAUACAUCAGUGGUUUGAAUCAUAAACAGAUUCAAACACUUAUAUAUACAGAGAGAUGCAUCCAUAAACCUUUUCCAGUUUCUUUGCCUCAUCGAAUUCACGCAGAAACUGCACUAAAGAUUGCAGGAAAAACACAGGUGGGGGGUAGGGUGCUGUGUCUUUGCAAAGGAAACACAUCCUCUCGACAUUCAUUUGCAAAAGGGAAACAAACGACUGCACAACACAUUCAUUCCGUUCUUCAGAAUGUCUUUGCUCACGACUUCUCUUUGCUUUUUUCAUGUUCCUUUGUUUAUUCAUUCCGCCCAGUUCCUUCGUUCUUCACGCUCUCCUUAAUGUCUUCUUCUCCCUCUAUUUUUAUCUUUACUGUUUUUCUUUCUUUCUUUCUUUCUUUCAUUUUCCACUUCUUCUUUUAUGCAUUCUUCUUUUUGACUUUCUUUGUUCGUUCUGUCUUUUUAGCUUUUGUUUGUCUGUUUUCUCCCUUUCCCUUCUCUCUUUCUCUAUUUUCUUUCUUUCUUUUGUAUUUUCAGUCUGUUUACUCUUUUUCCCUCAUUAAUGCUUACUGCUUUCCACUUUUUCUCUUUUGUUUUUUUCUUUGUUCUUUUUUUUUCUGA